AUGCCCUACCAGAAAAAUCUAGACCCGUUGGAUCGCUGUAUUAUUAAAUCUCUUAUAGAUCACUGUAAAUGUACCGGUCUAAAUUGUUUGGAGAACAUGGCUUCGUUACACUUUGAGUAUCGUUUGUGGAAUAGAGAUCUUGUCGCUGUCUUGAACCCCCGGCACAUUAUUAACCAAUUGCGAUGCUCACCUGUGUUCACAAAGUUGGAAGCACUGUCAUUGGACUUUUUGAAUAAUAUUAUCAUUAUUACUGCAUUGCGGGGAGCAAAUGGUAGGAAAACUAGUGAAUACAAACCUAAUCUUAAAGCAAUCAUUAAACCCUCCCAAAAUAAACGAGCUUGCAAAAUUUCAUAUUAA